UGCGAUCCCGGUCCCAUCUUCGGGAGCGACAGCGUCAACGACGCGGAUGAUGUCCCGCUGCAUGAGAACAACGUAUUCAGGGUGGGAUUCCUUCUGGGCGAGGUCGAGGAAGUGUUCGAUAAAGUACAUAAUGUUGGCGCGGGUGUUCAUGUUGUUCUGUCCUUUUGUCAGUAAUGAUGUGGGGAUGUAAGGGGCGGAGGGUAAAGGGACCUUUUCAAGCUGCUCCAAAAUGCAAGAAUGCAAAUCCUCCCCCAUCUCAUGGUGUUUAAGCGCGAACUGGGCCGCCUUUUGGGCAGACGUAACCGAGGCGUUGAGUUGCCUCAGUUGGUUUGUGAAGCGCAUUCGCACUUCGAAGGGGUCGGCCAUUUUUUUGGUGGAGUGAUGGUGGUGAUGAUGAUGAUGAUGAUGGUUUGUGCCGGUUGGGUUGUUGUUGUUGAUGUAGUUGGAAAGGUUUUUUAUUUUUUGGCUAUUGUUUUUGGACCAUUUUGUAUUGUUGGGGGUGUUAUUGACUUUUGGACCAUGACCAGCGGCGGCGCGUUCUGGUUGUGGGUUUUGCGGUUGCUGUCUUGGCACAGUUGUAUUUGAAGAUGAUGGUUGUUGUUGAGCUGCUGGACCUUGAUGGGCAAUUGGAGGCUUGUGAGAGUCGUCUAUUACCUAGUGAUGGCUCGUGCACCACCGCCCUGGGGAUACGGGUAAUCUAGGCGCUUUUUGGGUAGGCGGUGAGGGUUGUGGCGGGGGAUAGUGGGGUGAGUUUUUGGCCACUUGGACCCUGGGAAAUGGUUUUGGAAUUUUAAAAAGAUGUUGGUGACACAAGAAGAGGGUGUGGAAGAUGAGUUGUGAUGGGUUUGGUGAUGAGAGUUCGGUGUGAUAAAUGGUAGAAACAAAAAAAAUGAAAUAAAAAAAAAUGGUCAGCUGUUGCCCGUGAUUUAUUAUAGUGUGUGUGUUCAUGUUGCUCUUUCUUUUUCUUCUGUCUGUUAUAUUAUCAAAAUUGCCCCUCUCCGUCACAAGAGUGUCCACAAAAGUUGAGUGAGUCUUCAAACGCAGCAACUUACACGCACCUUCUUUCACAUCUCCGAACUUUGGCACAAGUUUUCGGUGAGCACAUCUCAACUCACAUAACCUAUCGGUCAAUCUCACAUUUAUACUACACAUCUAAACCCAACUACACAACACAAUGAGCGCUUCUCAAACCACCAGCUCCCCCGAGCUCACCAUGGCCGUCAUCGGCUGCGGAACAAUGGGCAUAGCAAUCCUCUCCGGCAUCCUCGCCUCCCUCGACGAGAAAUCCACCUCCCCCACCCCCUCCGGCACCUCCACCCCCCUCUACGAAACAACCACCACCCCCCGCCUCCCCUCCAAAUUCAUCGCCUGCGUCAAACGUCCCGAAUCCGCCAAAAAGCUCAAGACCGCCUUCUCCUCCUACACCACCCCGGUAACAAUCCUCACAAACUCCAACCUCCCCGCCGUCCAAUCCGCCGACAUCAUCCUCCUGGCCUGCAAACCCUACAUGGUUAACGAACUCCUCUCCGAACCCUCCCUCGCCCCCUCCCUCAGUGGUAAACUCCUCAUCUCUAUCCUCGCCGGCGUAACCGAAACCCAGCUCUCCCAAACCCUCACCACCGCCAACGGCGGCCAGCCCGUGAACUGCCAAAUCGUCCGCGCAAUGCCAAACACUGCCUCCCUCAUCAGGGAAAGCAUGACUGUCAUCGGAAUUAGCAACCCCCCUCUUGACCCCGAGACGAUGGGGACGGUUACCUGGAUUUUCAAGCGGAUUGGCGAGGUUGUCUACCUCCCUCCGUCAAACAUGGAUGUUUGCACUUCGCUGUGUGGGUCAGGGCCGGCUUUUUUUGCGUUGAUGCUUGAGGCUGCUAUUGAUGGGGCUGUUGCGAUGGGUUUGCCGAGGGCGGAGGCGCAGAGGAUGGCUGCGCAGACUAUGAAGGGGGCUGCGGGGUUGGUGCUGAAUGGGGAUCACCCUGCGUUGUUGAGGGAUAAGGUUAGCACGCCGGGGGGGUGCACAAUUGGGGGGUUGUUGGUUCUGGAGGAGGGGAGGGUGAGGGGGACGGUUGCUAGGGCUGUGAGGGAGGCGACGGUGGUGGCUAGUCAAUUGGGGCAGGGGGUGCAGGGGGUUAAUGGGACGCGGUUUCCCGGUAAUAACUUCCAGUAGGGUGGGGAGUGAGGAAAAGCCUCAUGAGGGUGGUGAAGAUAAGGGGGUUUGGGUGAGUUGGGACGCGGUAUCCUCCUGAACACUUCCAGCAGGAUGGUGGGAAUGGGGGAACCGGUGUGAACUGUCAGCAGUCCCGGUGGGGGGAGUGAUAUGGUGAAUCAUGGGACUUGGACGGCGAAUUUUCAAAUAACCGCCUGCCAGAUUGGAAGAUGAGGGAAGGAGAGUAUGGCAUGAGGCCGUCCGACAGCGACUAUUCCCAGCAGGAUGGGAGAAUGAGAGGGAGACAGCUUGAGAUGAGGUCGUCUGGGAGCUACAAUUCUCAAAAAGACGGGGCGUCAGUGGAUGGGAGGGCGGCAUCAGAUGGGGUAUCAUUCUCUCCAAAAAGAUGGGAAUCAGUGGGUAGAGGGGUGGAGGUCAAUCUUGGGGCUGCUCGUGGAAGGGGGUUCGGUUUGUGCGAGGUUCUCGCCGAGGCAGUGAGGGGGGCGUAUCGAUCUCUCGCAGAUUCAUUAGACUUUCGAGCAUUGUUUGAAAGAAUACCUACUUGGGUUGAAAAGGAUGAUCUUCAUUAGGCUGUUUACCUCUUUGAAAGGGGGGGAGAGAUUUGCCAUGGCAGGUGUAUACAUCAAAGACACUAUGCCCGACUUAGAUCAUGGCU